AUGGUAGAGAGUUGUCAAUAUAGUUAUUUUGGGGAUUUUUCUUCACCGAUAUGUUGUGAUGAUUCCUCUGAUCUAAUAUUCCUUGAAGCAGCUAUAGAGCUACUUGGUUUUGUCGAACCCGUAGAAAAAACUCUAGCUCCGUCCGUGAUUAUUAGCGCUAAGGAGAAAAUCCCUUUAGAGAUUGAUCCAGAAAAUGUUAUCAUUAACACAAGCGGAGAAUUUGAGCCAAAGCUGCAUGGCUCGGCCCAACCCGUAGACGAAGCUCUAGCUCGGUCCGUGAUCAUUAUCUCUGAAGAGAAAAGUCCCUUCAACAUUGAGAAAGAAACUACACAAGCUACCAAUGCAAAUCAGGUCAAAGAGAAUAGAAAAAGAAAAAAGGGGAAAUCUAAAAAUGGCGAUGAAGAUCCUUGGUUGCCUGCUGGAUGGAAAAUGAUUGAAAAAUAUCGUAAAAAGGGUAAACUUGCAGGCUAUGUUUAUAAGACUUAUAAGGCACCAGGUGUACGAAAAUCUUUUGGAUCAAAAAAACAAGCUCUUGAGCAUAUUAAGAACCAAAAACUAGAUGGAGUUGACAGUUUCAGGGGUGAUAAAAGUUUGGAAGAUAAUGUACGAGAGGCUCAAACUGCUAAAGGCACACCAGCUAUGUCAAUCAAAGAUCAAGUUAGUACGACUCUGUCUGAAACUAGUGCGACUGGUGGAGAUGCGAGAUUAAAUGCAAACACCUAAUCAAAGGUGAAGGAGAAAUUCCAAUUAGUAGUACCAAUGAGACAAUUAAGUACAUUAGUAAUCUGGCUUAGCCAUAUUAAUUCUUGUUA